GGCGCAUGCAGCUGCAGCUGGAAGAGAGGUACUAGGACCCGCCGUGGAAAGCCAUUCAUGCUGCUCUCGCGCUCCCUCUUGCGCACCCACGCGACUCCCGCAGCGCACGCAGCCAGAAGACUGCCCUUCCCCUGCCAGAGAGCCUUUCACGCCUCCGCUAUUCGCCGUCUGCUCGACAUGGAGAAGGUCAACACCUCCGAGCGGCUCGCCGAGCUGCGCAAGCUCAUGCAGGAGCGCCAGAUCGAUGUCUACAUGGUCCCUUCCGAGGACAGCCACCAGAGCGAGUACAUUGCGCCCUGCGAUGGACGCCGCGAGUACAUAAGCGGAUUUUCGGGCUCUGCUGGGUACGCAGUCAUCACCCACGAGAAGGCCGCCCUCUCGACAGACGGACGCUACUUCAACCAGGCCGAGAAGCAGCUCGACAGCAAUUGGGAGCUCCUCAAGCAGGGGUUGCAAGACGUGCCUACAAUUCAGGAAUGGACAGCAGACCAGGUUGCUGGAGGCAAGGUCGUGGGCGUUGAUCCUACUGUGGUGACCGCGGCAGACGCUCGAAAGCUUGCAGACAAGAUCAAGAAGAAGGGCGGCGAUUACAAGGCAGUGGACGAGAACCUCAUCGAUCUCGUUUGGGGCAGGAAGAGGCCGUCGCGGCCGAGCGAGAAAGUCAUUGUGCAGCCGGUGCAACAUUCGGGCAAAAGCUUCGAUGACAAGAUCGCCGACAUUCGAAAGGAGUUGGAGAAGAAGAAGAGUCUUGGAUUCGUUGCAUCGCUGCUGGACGAAGUCGCGUGGCUAUACAACCUACGUGGCAGCGAUAUCCCAUAUAACCCGGUCUUCUUUUCGUAUGCGGUAGUCACACCCACGGAAGCCAUCCUGUACGUCGACGAAAGCAAACUUACGCCAGAAGCGAGAGAGCACUUGGGGGAUAAGGUGACCGUAAAGCCAUACGAUGCCAUCUUCAGUGACCUGAAGGCACUCAGCGCAGAAGCAUUUGACGCGAAUAGUGAGGCAGCAGAGAACAAGAAGUUUUUGACGUCCAAUAGGGCGUCUUGGGCUUUGAACAAAGCUCUCGGCGGCGAGGAACGUGUAGAUGAAGUUCGUAGUCCUAUCGGAGACGCGAAAGCAGUGAAGAAUGAGGUCGAGCUCGAGGGCAUGCGAAACUGUCACAUUCGCGACGGUGCCGCACUUUCCGAAUACUUUGCGUGGUUAGAAGACCAACUCAUCAACAAGAAUGCCACUCUCGACGAAGUAGACGGGGCGAAUAAACUAGAGUCAAUUCGCGCAAAGCACGACCUGUUCAUGGGCUUGUCCUUUGAUACGAUAUCCUCGACCGGAGCCAACGCCGCGGUAAUACACUACAAGCCCGAGAAGCCUCUUGCAUCGGUGAUCGACCCCAACGCUAUUUAUCUCUGCGACUCUGGCGCUCAGUAUCGAGACGGCACCACUGACACCACCCGAACUCUUCAUUUCGGUGAACCCACAGAGACCGAAAAGACGGCAUACACACUUGUUUUGAAAGGGCACAUUGCACUUGAGCGGGUCAAAUUCCCCAAGGGAACCACCGGUUUUGCCAUUGACGCUUUGGCUAGGCAGUUCUUGUGGGCGGAAGGCCUUGACUACAGACACGGCACUGGCCAUGGUGUUGGCUCUUUCCUCAAUGUCCAUGAGGGACCUAUUGGGAUUGGCACCCGCGUCUCGUACUCUGAAGUCCCUCUAUCCGUAGGCAACGUCGUGUCGAAUGAGCCUGGAUACUACGAGGAUGGCAAGUUCGGUAUUCGCAUCGAAAACAUGGUCUUGGUCAAGGAAGUGGAAACUAAACACAAAUUCGGCGACAAGCCAUAUCUUGGAUUUGAACGUGUCACUAUGACACCUCAUUGCCGCAAGCUCGUGGACAUGAGCCUGCUGUCAGAAGCUGAGAAGACGUUCAUCAACGAGUACCACCAAGAGAUCUUCGACAAGACCAGCAAGUUCUUCGAGAACGACCCGCUGACCAUGGCAUGGCUUGAACGCGAAACCGCGCCCUACUAAUCAACAUAGGGUACAGCGCGCCCUUGUAGAACCUACCCAUAGCGUUAGCGGCGUCUUGUCUUACUUUUGGUAGCACUGGAAUCUCGGCAUUCCGCGGCACAGCAUGCAUUAUUCUCGGCGUUGUGUUAGCUCCAGAGGUCCGACCUCGCGAUUAGUAAAUUUGCAAAUAUCUAUGAUACCCUGUAGUCAGGUAUUCGACUC